AUCACGCAGUCGGACGGGCGCUGGGCCCUGCAGUCGGCCCCGCACCGGCGCUUCUUCGGGGGGCGCCAGGAUCAGCUCUCCUGUUUCGCCCCCAGCGUGACGGAGGGGGAGCUCUGGACCGUGCACUUGGCCAUGCACCCCCAGGCCAACCUGCUGAGCAUCAGCCGCCGCCGCUACGCCCACCUCAGCGCCCAGGAGGAUGAAAUUGCCACCGACAGCAACCUGCCCUGGGGGGUGGAUGCUCUCAUCACCCUCUGCUUCCAGGACAAGAAGUACAGCCUGCGCACGGCUGACGAGCGCUACCUGCGCUGCGAUGGGGCCCUGGUGCCCGAGCCCGGCGCCGGCACCGGGUACACCCUCGAGUUCAAGGCUGGCAAGUUGGCUUUCAAGGACUGCGACGGGAAAUACCUGGCGCCCACCGGACCCACCGGCACCCUCAAAUCUGGCCGCAGCUCCAAGCCAGGCAAGGAUGAACUCUUUGACCUGGAGGAGAGUCACCCACAGGUGGUCUUCACAGCUGCCAAUGGAAGAUACGUCUCUAUCCGGCAGGGCGUCAACGUUUCGGCGAACCAGGACGAGGAGCUGAACCAUGAGACCUUCCAGCUCCAGAUUGAUCGUGACACCAACAAGUGCAGCCUGCACACCGACACUGGCAGCUACUGGACUCUGGUGGCCCAUGGGGGCAUCCAGGCUGUGGCCACUGAAGUCGCUGCCAACACCAUGUUUGACAUCGAGUGGGGGCUGCUGUGGGUCCACCUGGACCCUGCUGAUGGCCCCUGGGGGCUCUCUGCAGGCCAGGGGGGCAAGUUCUGGUACGUGGCGAGCAGUGGGUCGGUGUGCAGCGACGGGGACCUCUCCGAGGAUUUUUUCUUCGAAUUCCGGGAGCGCGGCCGUGUUGCCAUCAAAGCCAAGAACGGCCGGUACCUGCGCGGGGACCCGGCCGGCACCCUGCGGGCUGACAGCGAGUCCGUGCUGCGGGCCACGCUCUGGGAGUACUGA